GAAAAGAGAGGACAGACCAAAUGCGUUACCAGUGGCAGGUUCCGUGAGCCUUCUUCUCCUUCUAUUCCUUUCUUCUUUCUUCUUCUGUUACCGCGUCUCUCAAAACUGCCAUUUACCAGCCAUAAAUAUAUAUAUAGAGAGAGAGAGAGAGAGAGAGCAGGGGGAGACAUGUUAACAGCAUCGCAGAUCUCCACGCCUAUCUUUCAUUACUAGUGUCAUAAAUAAUUCACAAAAAAAAUCCCUCAGUCUCUCUCACACAGAUUUUCCAUUUCAAAUCCAUUUGCUCUCUUUGGCUCCAAUCCGUUCAACCCAAUUGAUUCAACGGUCAGAUUUCCCUCUCCCUUACUCCUUCGCAGGCACCAAAAACUCUGUCGCCGAUUAAGUUUACUUUUAACUAUAUGGGUGUUGUGAAUACUUGUUUUGUGUGUUUCUAAAACGCACUCUUCGAUCCGGUGGUUCUCUUUGUUACGACGAUGCUCCGGCGUUGCUUGUCCGGUCGUUUUUUGACAUUGUCUUCGCUAUGACUCGGGCUGUCAAACCGCGGUCUCUGCUUCUGAGGACCUCUUUUUUUGGGGAUGGGCUGCGGACCCUCCAAGGUUGACGAUCUCCCUUUGGUUACUCUUUGCAGGGAGCGUAGGGACUUCAUCAAAGCGGCGUCUGAUCACCGCUACGCUCUCGCCGCCGCCCACUUGUCCUAUUUCCACUCCCUCGCCGACGUCGGCGACUCCCUGCGGCGGUUUGUUGACGAGGAGCUCGUGAUUGCUUCGUCGUCUCCGAGUUCUCCGCUCCUCACUCUUCCCCCCGAUCGAGUGAAGAAGGCUGGGAAGAGGGUGAACAUUAACGGCUCGUCGUCGUCGACCUCGAUUUCGCAUUCGGUCCCGCCGGAGGAGGAGGAGGAGGAGGAGGAAAACAUUGCGGAUUCACACUUGCAUUUGUCGUCCGACUCCGAAUCGGGUUCUGGUUCGGGUCACAUUCACAUCCACGAUAGUAGUCCGGAAGAACAGGGACAUUAUUCUUCUCCUCCUCCUUCUUACGCCUCUCCUCCUACCGGUUGGGGGCCUCCCGGAGUGAAUUCUCACAUGUAUUACAUGAAAAGUUCCGGUAUGCCGAUGCAGACAGUCGUGCAACCGGAUCCGGAGAGAUAUUCUGCGGCAAACGGGCAAUGGCCUGAGUCAUCGUACGGGUAUUCGGGCUAUCCCCCUUAUGGGGACGGGUACGGUGGUUUCUUCGGCUUUCCUCCGAUGGGUUCGCCGGUAAAUGGUCCCCAGAGUAAUCCUCAGCCGAGUACGCCGCCUCCUCCGCCUUCGCCACCGAGGGUGUCCACCUGGGAUUUUCUCAACGUUUUUGAUACCUAUGAUGGUACUGGUUACCCGGGCUAUUUCUCGCAGACUCGAUACGCGUUCGGAUCGACCACGAGUAGCCCCGACUCGAAAGAGGUGAGGGCGAGGGAGGGGAUUCCUGAUUUGGAGGAUGAAACAGUGCAAGAGGUCGCCGCAAAGGUGGUGCACAAGGAAAAGAAGAAGUUAAAUGAGGACGAGAAUAUGAAUUUGAAUAAUAAUAGGGCUGCUGGUGAGGGGACUUCAAGGGCCGUGCCAAUACAUGGUUCAGGAAGUUCAAGCACAAUACCAUUGAAUAGUAGUCGUAGCUCACAAUCAAACUCUGCUCAGGAAAAGGAGAUAAAGAGCAGUCCUGACACAAUUGUGUCCGAAGAAGGGUCCUCGAGGAAGAAAGGGGUGAGUUUUGGGGUCGAUGAGGUAUCGCAUCCAAUGGAUGGUGAAUCUUCCAUGCCGAGUAGCUUGACCACAUUGUCAGCCCACGGUACGAGGGAUCUUCAAGAGGUUGUCAAGGAAAUCAGGGAUGAAUUUGAGACUGCCUCCAGUUAUGGGAAAGAGGUUGGCCUAUUGCUUGAGGUGGGGAAGAUGCCUUAUCAGCCUAGAAGUGCUGCACUUAGAGUGAUAAUUUCUAGGAUCUGGUAUUCUGUUGCACCUUCCAAAUUUUCUUCACCUCCUCGGUCCAGGGUGUCUGUAAGAUUAUCUUCUAGGACUGUGAAAAUAGCGAAAGCAUACUAUGGGGAAUCUGGGAAGGACUUCAAUAUGAAGUCUGGAAACCUUUCAUCAACUUUGGAUAAACUUUAUGCAUGGGAGAAGAAGCUAUAUAAGGAAGUGAAGGAUGAAGAAAUGUUACGGGCCAGUUAUGAAAAAAAGUGCAAGAGACUGAAAGUUCUGGAUGACCGAGGAGCUGAGUCCAGUAAAAUAGAUGCUACUCGAGCUUCGAUAAGAAAGUUGCAGACAAAAAUCAAUGUUUGUAUCAGGGCUGUUGACGUCAUCUCACGCAGGAUAAAUAAGUUGAGGGAUGAAGAACUGCAGCCCCAACUCACUCAAUUGAUUCAUGGCUUGAUAAAAAUGUGGAAGUGCAUGCUCAAGUGCCAUCAGAAACAGUUCCAAGCUAUUAUGGAGAGCAAAAGUCGCUCUCUUAAAGCAAAUGCUGGCUUCUACAGAGACUCAGGUUUGAAAGCUACUCUUGAACUUGAAAUGGAGCUUCUGAAUUGGUGCUCCCGAUUUAACAAUUGGAUUAACACCCAGAAAUCUUAUGUCCACUCCUUAAACGAGUGGCUUUUAAGGUGCCUUGACAAAGAACAAGAAGAAACUCCUGAUGGACCUGCCCCUUUCUCCCCAGGUCGAAUUGGAGCUCCUCCAAUUUUCAUAAUUUGCAAUGAUUGGUACCAGGCAAUGGUAAGAAUAUCGGAAAAAAGCUUGUCAAGUUCCUUGCAUGAAUUUGCUUUAAGCUUGCACCAAUUAUGGGAACGGCAAGAUGAGGAACGGCGUCAGAGGAUUAAAGCAGAAUACCUCUCUAAAGAUUUUGAGAAACAGCUUAGAACCUUACGCAUGGAGAUGGGGAGGAUGGAGCUCGACCAUGAUGCAAUGUCAGAUAAAACUGUUGUGUCAAAGGUUACUUCUGGAAGUGGAGUUUCACCGCUUGAUGAUUUAAAGGUGGAUUUGGAUUCGAUGAGGAAGAGAUUAUAUGAAGAGAGAGCCAGGCAUAAGGAAACCGUUAAACAGGUUCAUGAUGAAGCUUCUAACGGUAUACAAGCAGGCUUGGUUCCCAUUUUCGAGGCUCUGGAGAAAUUCACUUCGGAGGCUUUGAAGGCUCAUGAGCAGGUUAGACUUCAAAAUGGAGGCUCUUGAGUUCUUAUGUACUGGUUUCGACAAGAAAAAUCGGGUACUUUUCAGGACUGAGCCUCCUCUCAUCUCACCUCACCUCUUUAUGUACAGUUUUUGCCAGCCAUGCACAUUUAGAAUGGUUAGAACGUCAUUAGGUAAGGGGGAUAUGGGAAUUAUACCGGUAAAUGUUAGGCAUAGUAGGAAGCAACGUUAGGAACAUGCUGAAAAUAGGGUUUGUUGAAUCUAUUGGUUACAAAUACAAUGGUUGGUAGAAGAGAAGUUUGUGUGGAUCCUUGGGGGUGGUCAGUACUUUCAGUUGCUUUGUUUUUGAAAUAUGGUUCUGCAACAACCCCAAAAUAGAUAGAUAGGAAUUUUGUAAAAUUAUGUAAUUUUAUUGGUUGAUUGGUCAUCGGUGGCUGUAUGAAUUGUUUUUUGGAAUGUGGAGGAUGUAGAUUAGGUUUUCUGGAUAAAAAUGUUGAAUAGUUCAUCUGCUAAUGAAUAUAAAAUAUAG